CUGUGAAAAGAAAUGCUGCAGUCGGUCCUGAUCACAGGUUCCCUAUAAGUGACACCUUUGUUUAAAUGACAGGUAUUUGUGAUGUGAAAAAAAUUAACGCAUAAAAAUAAAACUGCGAUCAAUUAUUUUUGUGUGAGGCGUUGGCAACCACAUAACAAGCCGUCAGCGCUCAUAUUCAGGUCGAAACUCCUCAUAGCAGAAUACAACGGUCGAUAACAUAUUAACCAACUUGGCGUUGUGCAUCCUGGCUACUUUUUCAACCGCUUGGGAACCAUUAAUCAAUCUUGGUGCCACCGACGUGGUCGGCGCAGAGUCAUUCGGAGCAGCAUGUAUCAGGAGAUCCUGGCCUUUGUGCUCGCCACUUCGGGAUGGGUUCUCGUCUCGUCCACCCUGCCGACAGACUACUGGAAGGUGUCCUCGCUGGACGGGACGGUCAUUACCACGGCGACCUACUGGUCCAACCUUUGGAAGACAUGCGUUACCGAUUCCACCGGGGUGUCCAACUGCAAAGACUUUCCCUCCAUGCUGGCGUUGGAUGGUUACAUCCAGGCCUGCAGGGGCCUGAUGAUCGCAGCCGUGUGUCUGGGCUUUUUUGGUACCGUCUUUGCCCUGGUGGGAAUGAAGUGCACCAAAAUUGGAGGAAGUGACAAGAGCAAAGCAAGGAUCGCCUGCGUCGCCGGUGUCAAUUUUAUCCUCAGCGGUCUGUGCUCACUUUCAGCAUGUUCCCUCUAUGCACAUCGCAUAACGUCGGACUUUUUCAACCCAAUGUUUGUGGCACAGAAGUAUGAGCUGGGGGCGGCGCUCUUCAUUGGCUGGUCAGGUUCUGUCCUUUGUAUCCUUGGCGGGGGGGUGUUCUGCUUCUCUGUGGCGGACUGUAAGAAAAGUCAAACAAAUUAUGUCUACAAAGGCGCUGCCUCACAUUCGCAUGUCCCCUCCUACCAAAGAGGACGAGGGCAGUCUGUGAGCCAGAGGCCUCCACCUGAAUACAGCAGCUCCUCCAGGGCUCCCAAUUUUGAUAAGAACGUAUACGUUUAAAUGAUGUGAAUAUUAAGAGCCACGGCGUGGUGAGUCGUGUAAGAUAAUGUGGAGGGAAAGAUAAUGGCUCACUGGAGGAA